AAUACCCACGAAAUCAUGAAGACUCGUUUGACAGCCGUGACGUAUCUUGGCUUCACCGCCACGGACCGCCGCCUGUCAACUGUCAUGCUCCCGUGGUUGUUGAAGGAAAUUAGAACUUGUGGCACUAACGAUAAGCUCAGCGUAACUAUAGAAGAUGGCUGCCUUAAGGCUUACAACGAGAACUUUGAACCAGUUAUCGUUCACAGGCUGGUCGAUAUCAUCAGGGCGAGCCAAGUACCAGGCAGACCUGACGAGCUGUUCUACAUACUCCUCAAUGAGAAGGAGGCUCUGCUGCACUGCUACCUCUUCAAAGCGAACAGUGUCCAAGAGGUGACGGAGCUGUUCACGCAGAUGCGGGAGCCCUCCCCCGGGGCUCCGAGCCCCAAAUCCUCCACCAGCUCGCUCCACGUCACCAGGAACGUAGGCUUCCAGCAGCAGGCUCAGGAGCUGCCGUGGCAGACCCCCGCCAUAUCCCUGGCUGGCAACUGCAAUAGCAACUUAGCCGGAGAGCCGCCUCCCCUAGUAAGGAGCGUUAGCAAUGCGUCCGCUCUCACGUCGCUCUGCGCCGAUCUUUCCCCUUCAGACUCACAUUUCUUUGAGGUAUUAUACAUCGGGAAAGUCCGGAUAUCGCAGCGGAAGGUUCCCGAGUCGCUCAUAGAUGACGCUUUAAUCAAAUUCGCACAGCACGAGGCGGACAAGGCGAAGAACCAGCGACGACACAGCUUACUGUCUUCCAAUGGGACCUCAAUCUACAGUGCGGACUCCAAUGAAAACUUAACAAAUGACAAAAAGACUGAAUCACCAGAUACAAAAACAAACGUAUCUGUAUCAAAUACCCCUUUAGAACCAGACAAAUCUGUCUCCUGGAAAAGCCAUGAAAAUCUACCAGACAUAGUUAAAACAGACAACGCGGAUUUAGACCAGGAAUUUGAAAAUUUUACCAAAGAAAGGGUAAAUGGAAGGAAAGCUGAUAUAGUACUUAAUGUACCUAACUUAGGCACAGUUGCUGAAGACGAGGAAAAACACGAAGAGAUCAGAUCAAUUCUGUCUGAAACAGCUUCGUCUAUAACGCAAUUCUGUCAAACGAAUUUCUUAACGGACAGGAAUGAAGAUACAAAAGUAACUAGUGAAAAUGUGAAUCCAUUUGAUGUUAAAGCUAACCAGAGGAAUAAAUUAGAUUUAAAGCUUAAUUUAGUAGAUAAAGCUGAGGUUCAGAAAUCGGACAGCUCAACUAAUAUAACUUUUGAGGAAUCAAAAUCAGGAGGGAAAAAUGAAGAAGCUAGAAAUAAUUCGGGAAUGCCUGAGAACAAGUCGUUUUUGAGAGACAGGUCUGCUUCGAUAGGCACUAUUAGUUUAAAAACUCCUAUAGCACAAGUUAUAGGAGAACAAAAUCGGACAAUGUUGUUUCAAGUCGGCCGCUCCGAGCUCCGCCUCAUCAGCCCAGACAGGAAGCAGAUCCUGCUUCACCGCGCCUUCAAGGACGUCGCCAGCUGCGUCCUCGGCCGCCACAACAAGGACCACUUCGGCUUCGUCUGCAGAGAGACCAAUGAGAGCUAUGCGGCCUACGUGUUCAAGUGUGAAAGCGAUGCGGUGGCCUUGGAGGUUGUCAACGAUCUUGUUCCAGCGAUCAAGCAAGCGUUCGUGGCCCACGCGGAACUCUUGAAGAAGUCUCGCGAGAAAUCUCCCAAUCUGACGUGCGAGCACUGUCCUAUGCUGUGGUACCACCGGCUGUGCCACGACGUGGAAGGCAUGAAUGAGAAGAAAACGCACGCGUUCAUUCUGCGGCGGAUCGAGCACUUGCCUGAGGAUGAGCAGGAUCUCAUCAUCACUAAAUACCAAGGGGGAACCAACCAUAUGUACGAGGUAAAUGAACACAACGCUUUCCUAAUGAUGUUGUUACGGGCCCAUUGCGAAGCGAAACAGACCAGGCAUAUCCAUGACACUGCCGAAAACAGGUCGGAAUUCCUAAACCAGUACCUAGGUGGCAGCACCAUCUUCAUGAAGGCCCGACGUUCUCUCACCAGCGGCUUUGAUCAUCUGCUCAAGAGGAAAUCCAGCUUGUCCAAAGAAGACAUCAUUCCUCACAUUAAGAAGGAACCAUCCCCCCUACCAACCCCUCCGAUAGUCGACACGUCAUCGGAACCCUCCGUGUCAGAGUUGUUGUCGCCUGACCAGACGCGGUGCAAGUCUCUCUCACCAGCUGUUCUUAAUGGAAGUGAGCCGCCUCCGUCGCCGAAGCCUUCGAACAUGACCCCGCCAGCUGAGGAGGAAGAGGACAUCAAGGAGGAACCUGUCACCUCGCCCAUGAUGGACAUCUUCCUGAAAGUCAGCGACAACCGACCAGCGGCGACUGAGGCGGGCGCUGAACACGACGCGACCUGGCGACAGGCCAUCUACGAGAAAGUCGUGCAACCUACAGACGUGCAGUGCGAGGCCGGAGACUUGACUCCCGCGAACCUCCUGGGUCUGCCGUCUCCCCGGCCCGGCAAGAGGAGCAAGGAUGAGCUCCGGCAGCUGUGGAAGAUGGCCAUCGACCAGACCGUACUCCUGGUCAGGAUGGAGAGGGAAAACGCCAAGUUGAAGAAAAGCGAAGAAACAUCAGCAGUAAGACGUAUAAAGCUGGAAUACGUGGAGCUAGGCGCAUGUGACACCGGUGUCGCGUCCAUGUGGGACUCGCUCCUGGCCUCUCGGGACCGGUCACAACCUGUUGCCAAAGUUGACAGACAUAUGUUGACACAAGCUGUCAUACAAGGGGUCCCUCGCAUGAGCCGCGGCCUGGUGUGGUACUUCCUCGCCGAGCAGGCCUGCCUGCGCUCCCCCCCGCCGGACCCGCGCCUGCACCCGCGCUACCAGACCCCCUACCGGACCCUGCUAGCGGGUCUGACCAAACAUCAACACGCCAUACUUAUAGACCUUGGGCGCACUUUUCCCCAGCACUCGUAUUUCGCGUCGGCGCUCGGCCCAGGACAACUCGCGCUCUACAACAUACUGAAGGCGUACUCUUUGGUAGACCCCGAUGUUGGCUACUGCCAGGGACUUAGUUUUGUUGCUGGAGUACUAUUGUUACAUACGGAGGAAGCCGAUGCAUUCAUUCUAUUGCGGCACCUCAUGUUCAGGCGUGGCCUCAGGAAACAGUACUUGCCCGAUAUGAGCGCUCUACAAGUACAGCUAUACCAACUGUCCAGGCUACUCCGCGACCAUGAGCCUGAGCUGCACGCCAAACUAGAAUCCCUGGACAUCUCGCCAGCCCUCUACGCCGCUCCGUGGAUGCUGACCCUCUUCACCAGCCAGUUCCCUCUGGGCUUCGUGGUGAGAGUGUUCGACCUAAUCUUCCUGGAAUCUCUCGACAUCGUGUUCUCCGUCUCUCUCGCACUGCUGGCGGCGCAUAGAGACGGGCUGAUGUUAUGCGAGAGCUGCGAGGAGGCCGCCGAGUAUCUCAAACACAAGCUGCCGGACAUGAACAAGGCGACAUGCGAUCGAGUUAUGAAGAAGGUCCUAACUCUAGACAUAAGCCGUCAGCUCUGCGACUAUGCGGUGGAGUACGCAGUGCUGAGAGAGGAGAUGCCGCGACUCGCGACCCUGACUGAGGACAACCGACGACUGGUCGCACAGACUAAUCGCAUGUCCGGCGAACUGGACUCUGCCAUGGAUGCCAUAACUGCCUACCAGAGCAGCCAAGCGCGCCUAGAAUCAAUAAACAAAUCCAUGGAUCAUCAGCUCUCUCUGCUCAGUCGGUACAUCGCCGCGCACCACAGACAAGACAUGCCUACAGAAAUCAAGAAGAUAGUCCAAAACCACAACAAGAAAAUAUCCUUUGGAUCCAAAAUAUUCUCAUCGAAAUUCACUUCAAACGAAGAUGACGAAAAUGAUCCCAAAAAGACGUUCAAAACUGGCAUAAGUGCGCCAAACCUCUUCGCUAAAAUAUCCAGAGAAGACGUAUUCAAUGCUGUCAAAGAAAAAUAUUCACCAGAAUCAGAUAAAAAACAGUUCUUAUCGAAAAAGUCCCAAUCCGUGUCAGGCAUGGCUGUUAAACCAUUCCCAUUGAAAGUUUUAGAAGAAAAACCGGAAAACAAGAGAUCUGACAGCUUCAAAAACAGCAACGUACUUAAUGAAUCUCUAAGAGAACUAGGAAAGAAAAAUACAGGAUUUUUUGCUAACACACACGAACAAAUAAGACAAGAAAGACUAUUUGAACAGCAGUUAAAACAUGAUUUCGAUGAGAAUUUAAAGAAGUUAGACCAGAAAUUAUCACCCAAAUACGAUGAAGAUUUAAGUAUAUUCCAAAGUAGAAAGAGCAUGUCGUUAAAUUUGAAAGAACCGAAGGAAAACAAACAAGACAGUGGUUUCGUAACUCCCAUGAGUCCAGAGGAUAUUAGAAAAGAAGAUACUUCGUCGAUUAUAUCGCAUCCUUUAAGCGACUGUGACGUGGAAAUAAAGUUUGAUGGACAAUCGACUAAACUGAAGCAAAUUAGGCCUUUUAGAAUAUUAAGCGAAUAAUUAUCAAGUGUUACUUGCUUAGUAUAUACUUUCGUAACCAGUUACGAAAUGGGAAAUAAUAUUCCUAGAAUGUUACCAUUUAAAAUUACAU